AUGAACAACGCUCACUUGAUUGACGGUCAUCUCCCUUAAUCUGCUGCUCAAAAGAUUAAAAAAGCUUAGAUAAGAAGAUAUAUUCGAGAUGCUGCUAUGCUUUCUAUUGGACUUGCAAUUUCGUACGCUCUAAUUGCUCAACCCCAAAAUUCUGCUUAAGAUGCAGUUAGCAAUACUCAAUCUCUAUGGGUAAAUGAACCUAAGAACACAUUUGGAUGGAAUGAAGCUACAGCUUUAGAAUGGGUUCCUUUUAGUAAAAUUGUGGAUAUUUCAGCCUCACCUUCAGGAGAGCUCUAUGGAAUUACUGAGUAUAGUGUUGGCCCAAACAAAUAUAGACAAGCUUACAAAUUCAACCUUGACAAUGGAGAAUGGACUUCAUUUGACAAUGAUUUCUAAAUUAAAGAUAUAAAAUUUGAUAAUUUGGGAAAUUAUUAUCUACUUGAUACUAAGAAUAGACUAUAUGCAAAGAAUUCUAAAACUUCAAUUUUACUAAAUGAUAUUAAGGAUUUUGAAGUUUCAUCAAAUGGUUAAAUCUAUGCAAUUUCUUAAACUAUUCAAUAAUCGAAUAAAGAGACAAAACUCAAUACAUUGAUUAUUGUAAAAGCUUAAUGGAACCAACCUCUAUCUUACUAAUACAUUCUUUAUUCAUCAAAAACCUCCACACUAAUUGCUAUGAAAGAUGAUGUACCAAUAUUUGUUGAUGAAAAUAGCACCACCGUUGGUUAUGGUAAUCAAUGCAUCAAAGAUUUGACUGUUGGUGCUGACGGUAGUCUGUGGGCCCUUAGUUGCAUAUAAAAUUCUGAGAAAACCGAUUUUUAAUUAAUUAAAUGGGAGCCAGUAAGAGGAAAAUGGUACGAUGUUAAUAAUUCAUUUGGAGUAAAAAUUGCAGCUUUCAAUGAAAUCUCUAUCUCAAUUGUUGAUUCUAAAGGUAGAAUUAGAAAUACUAUAGAUAAAAAUCGUUAUGAGAACGUUCGCUUUACAGAGAAUGGAUUUAGACCUUAACUUUUGGCAGAUUCUAUGAUAUUGAACUCAACAAACAUUUAGUAUGUUUAAGGACUUAUAAACAAAAUGCACUCUAUUUCUAAAAUCUGUUACAGAGCAACAGUUGAUGGGUUCAGCGCAUCCAGCUUUCACUAAGGCUGUGAUUAUUAAGGGCCUACAAUAACAAUUUUAAAGUCCUAAAAUGGUAGAGUAGCUGGAGCAUAUACAUCAGCCUCUUUUACAUCUAUUGGUAUAACAGCUAUGGAUGAGAAAGCAUUUAUUUUUUCACCAGAUCUUUAGGUUGUUUUGCCAAUCAAAGAAUAGAAAGAGGCUCACUAUGACUAGUAAAGUUACGGUCCAAAUUUUGGAAUAAAUGGAGACUUAUUUGUUUGCUCAAAUUCCAACGAAAGAGAAGAUAGCUAUAGUUAUCUUGGAAAGAGCUACUAACUCCCUGCUGGGAUAACCUAUGGGAGUAAUGAAGCAAGAACUUAUCUUUUCGGUCAGGUGAAUUUUUAUUUAGCUGAAAUUGAGGUCUACAGCCUUAUUUGA